CGCACCAGAACGAGUUAACUUCAGGACGAAUUUAGAUUGAACGUUGUUUGGCUCCGCCCAACGCAUGAGCACUCGAGUGUCUGAUUGGAGGAAAGAACUCAGGCAGCCCAGAGAGCGGAAGGUCCCGCUCACAGACAGUAGAUCCGCCCUCACCGCAGACGAUAUAUAACAGCAUUCCGACAGAUUAGUAUUCAUUUUCUGACUUUGACAGUUGAGAAGACUUUCAACAUGAGUGGACGUGGGAAAUCUGGGAAAGCCCGCGCUAAGGCCAAGACUCGCUCCUCCCGGGCUGGGCUCCAGUUCCCUGUCGGCAGAGUCCACAGGCUGCUGAGGAAGGGCUACUACGCCGAGCGAAUCGGCGCCGGGGCUCCGGUCUACCUGGCCGCUGUGCUCGAGUAUCUGACCGCUGAGAUCCUGGAGCUGGCCGGAAACGCCGCCCGCGACAACAAGAAGACGAGGAUCAUCCCCCGCCACCUGCAGCUGGCUGUCCGCAACGACGAGGAGCUCAACAAGCUGCUGGGCAGAGUCACCAUCGCGCAGGGCGGAGUGCUGCCCAACAUCCAGGCGGUGCUGCUGCCCAAGAAGUCCGAGAAGCCCGGCAAGGCAAAGUAAAGGAGAUCUGCCGACUUUUCACGCCAACGGCUCUUUUCAGAGCCACCCACCUCCAACUACAGAGCCUUCCUGAAUUAGAGAUUAAUGUGAACCAUGUUCAAUUGAAGUUUCUGAAACGGAAGCGUUCAUUGUUCUCCUUAUUUUUUCUCACUAUAGUGGGGCCGUUUUUAAUCACCGUGACGUCUUUGAAGUGAUCGGAAACGCGGCCACUGUGGCUUCACCACGCAAACACUAGGAGGCGCUAGCGCUCUGCUCUUAUCUGCUUAUUUUAACUUCAGUCAUCCACCCAAGCGACGUUUCUGGGACUUGUGUGCAGCCUGUUACUUCAAUAAACAGUGGUACGGUUAAACAUAAA